AUGUCUGAAUUCGAAAACAAAGCUGAAGCUGCCGCUCAAGACGUCCAACAAAAGCUGGAUGAAACUAAGGAAACCCUACAAAACAAGAGCAACGAAGUGAAGGAACAAGCCCAAACUUCCAUCGACAACUUGAAGAAGGAAGCCACCCCAGAGGCCGAACAAGUUAAGAAGGAAGAACAAGUCAUCGUCGACGGUGCCGAGCAAAAGAAGACCGAAGUCACCACCAAGGUCGAUGAUACCAAGAAACAAGCCACUGCUGCUGUCACCGAGAAGAAGGAGACCAAGAAGGAAGGUGGUUUCUUGAAGAAGUUGAAGAGCAAGAUUUCUUCCAUCUUCAACUAA